AUGGCCAAUACUGGCCAAAAUCAACAAAAACAACAAAAUCAUCAUCAAAAAUUAAAAUAUUUAUAUUUUCAUUAUAACAAUAACAAUAAUAAUAAUAAUAAUAAUAAUAAUAAUAACAAUAAUAAUACACCUAUUCUCCUAAAUAAAGUACCAUCAUCACCAUCUGUAUGCACUUCGACACACCAUCUACAAACGAUGAUGAGUUCGUCGACAUCUCCUUGGUAUCAUUCAUCAACACUUGCCGGUGAUAACGACGAUUUGUCAUUUUGUGAUGGAACAAAUAUAACAACAAUGACUAAACCAUCAUCAUCACUUUCAUUAAAUACUGAUUCAACAAAUACACAUCAACAAUCAUAUGAAAAUAAUGGACAUUUUUUUGUUAAAAAAACAUUUCAUAAACCAACAUAUUGUCAUCAUUGUGUCGAAAUGUUAUGGGGUCUUAUUGGACAAGGAUAUUAUUGCGAAGUAUGCAAUUUUAUUUGUCAUGAUCGUUGUCGAAAACAUGUCAUUUCGCCAUGCUCAAGCAUUGCACCUAUACUAAUCAAAAAUCCCGUGUGCCACAUAUGGUCGGAUAUAUCCCGGUUUAAACGUAAAUUUUGCAAUAUAUGUCGAAAACGACUUGAAGAUAUUUCAGCUGUACGAUGUGAAGUUUGUGAUUAUUAUGCACAUGAAGAUUGUAAAGAUUUUGCUGUUAAUGAUUGUCGUGAAACAGCUACAUAUGCACCAACAAGAGAUAAUUCAACAACCUCAGUUCGACAUCAUCAUCAUUGGCGUGAAGGAAAUUUACCAACGAAUUCUAAAUGUGCAAUUUGUCGAAAAACUUGUUGGUCAAGUGAAUGUCUUGCUGGUAUGAGAUGUGAAUGGUGUGGAAUAACAACUCAUAGUACUUGUCGUUCACGUGUACCAGAAGAAUGUGGUUUUGGUACUCUAAGAGAUAUUAUUAUUCCACCAUAUGCUAUAUCAAUUCCACGUAUAGCUGAUCUUAAUAAAGAUCUUAUAUUGGGUAUUGGAAAUAAUAUGUCUAAACCCAUGCAAAAUAUAACUUCACAAUCAAAUAAUAAUGUUCCUACAGGUCCUGAUUAUAUAAUAAAUGCAAUAUCAGAAAAAAAUAGUGGUUUACCUAUUACAGUACAACAUAAUUUCAAUAAUAUAAUAAAAGAGGAAAAACCAAGUCGUUCAAAUUUUGUUCGACGUAUACAACGACAAUCAUCAUCUGUUUUACUAAGAAAAAAACCUCCAACAUCAAAUCAAUUAAAAUUACAACGAUCUAUUCAUAGGGUGAGAUGUUCAUCAACAGAACAUCAAUCAGGUGGAGAUGCUGAUGUUGGAAUGGAAACUGUAUCAAGUAGACCAAAACGAGAAAAACCACCUAGUAAAGGACAACAAGAUGAAGAAGAAGAACGAGAAAUAAUUCGAGUUUAUGAUGGUAAUGCAACUUUUCGUAAUGGUACUCCACGUUCUAUAUCCGUAUCUAGACAAGCAACUUAUACCCAAAUUCUGGAGGCUGCUCUCCGCACAUUCCAUAUCAAUGAUGAUAGCACAAAAUAUUGUAUAACUGUACCUACAGAUGAUUUUGGUGGUGAUCAACCACUUGAUGAAACAAUGCCAUUAAAAUCCUUAAAACAAUUAAGUCGUCGUAAACUUAAUAUAUUUAUUCGAUAUAAAGAACGAGGUGAUAUGGAUUGUGAUUAUGUUCGAGUUUAUCCCGGCAUACUUAAAACUCAUGAUUGUUUUAAAGUUAUUAAAGUAACAUCAUCAAGUACAACAACUGAAGUUAUUGCUAAAGCUUUAUCAGAUUUUGGUUUAACAAAUGUAAAUGCUGAAAAAUAUUCGCUGGUCGAAGUAUUACUUAUAUCAAAUGUUAAUUAUACAGAUCGAAUAUUAGAACCAAAUGAAUAUCCUUUAAAUGUUUUACGACAACAGAGAAAAGAAUCUGUUCGUAGUCAUCGUGUAACACGUUUUUAUUUACAACAUAAAGAUGAUCCACAUGGACCAUCUGUAUCUUUAUUUGUUGGUAAUUUACCACCAGGCCCACGUACAGAAAAACAAUAUGAAAAAAUACUUUUUCAAGAUAUAUUUAAAUCUAAUAAAGAUUUAAAAUGGGAUAAUAUGGAAGUUAUUUAUUAUGAACAUGGAGCAAUGGUAUUAGUUUAUAAUGAUAGUGAUCGUGCAACACGUGCAUAUUCAAUAUUACGACAAGCAUAUCAUGAUCAAAAACAAUUAUUAGUAUUAAUGUUACCAAAUAUUCAAUCACAAACUAUACCAUCAAAUAUAUGUCCAUUACUUGUUUUUGUUAAUGUUAAAUCAGGUGGACAACAAGGAGCUGAAUUAAUAACAAAUUUUCGUCAUUUACUUAAUCCACAUCAAGUAUUUGAUUUACAAAAUGGUGGACCAUUACCUGGUCUAUAUGUUUUUCGAAAUAUUAAACAUUAUCGUAUAUUAGCAUGUGGUGGUGAUGGUACUGUUGGUUGGGUACUUAGUUGUUUAGAUAAUGUUGGACAAGAUGCUUUAUGUCAAUCACCUCCUGUUGGUAUUGUACCACUUGGUACAGGAAAUGAUUUAGCACGUGUUCUUCGUUGGGGUUCAGGUUAUACAGGUGGUGAAGAACCAUUAGCAUUGCUCAGGGAUAUUGUUGAAGCUGAAGAAAUUAAAUUAGAUCGUUGGACAGUUGUUUUUCAUCAAGAUCAAGAUAAACGUAUACAAACAACAACAACAUCAGAUAUAAAUAGUAGUAAAUCACCACCACCAACAACAACUACAGCUAGUUCAAGAACAACAAAUGUAGAAGAUAAAAAAAAUAAAAUACGAAUAUUUCAUCCACCAGCUGUAGCUUUACCGAUUGUUUUACAAGAAGGUUCAACAAGUGAAGAUAAAACUGAAAUGUUUGUUAUGAAUAAUUAUUUUGGACUUGGUCUUGAUGCUGAUAUUUGUUUGGAUUUUCAUAUGGCAAGAGAAGAAAAUCCAAAUAAAUUUAAUAGCCGAAUACAAGCAAAAGGUUAUUAUCUUAAAACCGGUUUAAGAAAAAUGAUGAAAAAAGGUGGUUUAAAAGAUUUUACAAAAGAUAUUGUACUUGAAGUGGAUGGAAAACGUGUUGAUUUACCAUCACUUGAAGGCAUUAUUAUUAUGAAUAUAUUAAGUUGGGCAAGUGGUGCAAAUUUAUGGGGACAUGAAAAAGAUGAUAAAUUUAGUCGACCAACACAUUAUGAUGGAAUGUUAGAAGUAGUUGGUGUAACCGGUAUUGUACAUCUUGGUCAAAUUCAAUCGGGUAUUCGUUCUGCUGUUCGUCUUGCCCAGGGUGGACAUGUUCAUAUUCGUAUGAAUAAUGAUUAUCCCGUACCCGUUCAAGUUGAUGGUGAACCAUGGCUUCAACCUCCCUGUGACAUAACUAUAAUACGAUCAGCACUUAGAGCAACAAUGCUUCGAAAACGUAAAUCUAAGUUCAAACGUCGAAAUACAGAACCAAGUGUUUAUUUUCCUGAUGGAGAUGAGGAUUCAAAAUGUUGA